AUGUCACUUCUUAGAUUGAAUGUGUGCGAUAGUCUUACAGGUAUUUGCUUCUACGAGAAGAUAUGGAAGUGGAGUGGAACAUCUGUGGCAGAGGGCAUCUGUAAAUUAGUUCUUACAUUUCACAAGCUAUCAAAUGAGAUUGGCGAUACAGGAGAGGUUAAAGGAGUAUUGUUUGAACAACCAAUCGUACCGUCGAAUCCUCUGAGUACCUCCAAUUCAAAUAUACCAACUCCAACAUCAACACAGUCUGGUAGUGGCAGCUCCACCAAUGUCAGACAUUCACUGCAUCAUAGAACACCAUCCACCACUGGCUCAUCAUCCACUGCUAAACGAGUCAAGGUUGUAAACUUACCACCACCAAUCAGAUUGUCCUGUGAGAAAGAGGACACAAUCACUGUAUCAGUAUUCUAUGAACAACAGGGCUUUGAAGACGAGAUACGAAAGUUUAUAUUGAAUGUCUUGCAAGAGUUUAACAACAAGUAUGGUUCACAAUUGCCAUCACUAAGACCAAUACUUCACGAGAUGAGCGAGUUCCCAGAGAAGUGCAAGACCAAACCAGAAGAGAUAAUGCAACGUUUUAAGGAUUUCGAGAAGAUUGCUGACGAAGUCAGGAUACAAUCAAAGUUAAUA